UAGGGGGGAUCUCGCGCCUUCGGGGAGGUUCAAUUCGUUCGGCUGCUAACCUGCGGCGCGGCGGGUUGGGGGCGACGGUGGGGGACGGUCGCGCCUGAUCUGGACGGGGCGCGGGUCGUCGGUGAGGCGGAUUUGGGAGUUCCUCUCCCGCGUGGUGGAAUCGGUCGCGGGUUUCGGUCAAAUUUUGAAAUAGGACUGUUGGAUUUGGCACUCGUAUGGUUCGUUCGUUCGUUCGCGCGAUUUCGUUUUGUUUUGUAGGAGUAAUCACAGGCUGGGGAAUAUUUAGCGUUUAUCCUUUUUUUUGCGGUGAGUGAUUUGUGCUGCCUAUCGGCAUCACAUGCGGCCGCUUUUUCCGAAGGAUAGGGUGCAAACGUGUUCCGCUGGAGAUGUUUCCGAAUAUUUUGGAUCGGACCUCGUUGAUGCCAAUGAGGUGCAGUUGUCGGUGAUUACCCUCGAGCUGCAGCCGCGUACCCAUGCCUACCAUCACGCACUACGUGCUGGACCCCUUCCUUGAGACAGGGUCGCCAGCGCAGGUCCAGAAGGCGCCGUCCAAGCCGCCGCCUCCUCCUCCAGACAAGGCCACACCUGUGCCGGUGGUUCCUGUUAGGACGCAGACAUCGCCGGCAUCUCUCUAUGCCACGCCGGAGAGCACGACCCUACCGGACUCGCCUUCCUCAUUCCCAGGAACCUGGUCACCGUACAUCAUCAACCAUAAGAGGCGAGGUGCCUCCCUUGCCAAGACCCUCUCCCAGGGUGAUGCUGUGAGUGAGGGCAGCCAGCUGAAGCUCCCUGCGAUACUGCCUGGUUUGCCCAAAAGUGAUGAACCCAUUGUAGUGCAUGAGCCUGAGUUUGCGUUUCAGCAAGUGGGCAAUGGUCAAGCUGAAGGUGACAGUGGUCUGGAAGAGCCUUUGAAUGGGCAGGAUGAAUUGCUCCAGAAGGUCGAGGGAUCUGUGGCAGCUAAAAUCCUGCAGGAUCAGCCUGAGUUUGAGUUUCAGCGUGGAAGUCUUGAAGCAUUCGUGAGGCCUGUCAAUGUUGGAAGGCCUUCAAAUGGUGGGGCACCAAAGAAUGCUGAGACUGAUGCCUUCUUUGAACUUCAGGAUUCCAUGAGUGUGGCUAGCAAUAAUGAGGUUGAUGAUGUUGGCAUGCAUGAGCGGUGGUGGAAGCCCAGUUCUCCUCUUGGGACGUCUGUUGGCACACCUGGUGCAGAAUUCUAUGAUGCCUUUGAAGAAAUAUCCAGUGAUGGUGGAACUCGAUCUUCUCGAGCCAUGGAUGAUGAUCUCCGUGAAAUGAGGUUGAGUCUGUUAAUGGAAAUAGAGAGGAGGAAGCAGGCAGAAGAAGCACUUGAGAACUGGCAAACAGAAUGGAGGAAGCUGAGUCACCACCUAUCUCUUGUUGCCUUAUCACUUCCAUCUCCAAGUAUAGCUGAGAAUACUGAUGAUUCAAGCAUGGAUCCUGGAGCUGAGUUGUGCCAACAAAUAACUGUUUCACAACUUGUAGCCGCUGCUAUCGCACGGGGUUUAUCUCGUGCUGAAGUGGAAUCAGAGAUGGAAACUGUGAUUGCAGCAAAGAACUUUGAGAUUGCAAGGCUGUCAGAUAGGGUCCAGUACUAUGAAGCGGCAAACAGGGAGAUGUCUCAAAGAAAUCAAGAAGCCAUUGAGAUGUCAAGGCAACAACGGAAGGAACGUAAGAAGCGACAGAAGUGGUUCUGGGGUUCAGUGGGGCUUGCAGUCACCCUUGGUGCCACAGCCAUCGCCUGGUCCUACCUCCCUUCAUCGCAGCCCCAAGCAAGUGCAGAUUCAAAUAGCCCCUCCAGCGAAUAGAGCUAGGACGAAGACGUAUCUCAUCCUUUCAGAAGCCUAACAAAGCUCUAACUAUACUCCUAGAGGAAAAAAAGGUUGUAUAAGUUUUCUCUUUUGGCGAUCGGCUGUGAUCGCUACAAUCCUCAUUUGUCGCUUCCUCUGUAAAAAAUGUUGGAUGGGCCAUCUCCGUUCAGGAUUGGCUUCAUUCCAAUCACCGUAAAUCUCUUUGCAUAGCUGGUUGAGCAAAUAAUAUGAGGAAUGUCGACAUGGUUAGUAAUCCGUGCCCAACUCAAGUGGAGUUGAUUUUGUCA